AUGCCAAAGAAAGUCAAGAAACCAGCUCGACGACUAAUUCUUCAAUCUUCCAGUGAUUCUGACUCAGAAUAUGUGCCACCUACUCAACCCACACCUCUUCCAAGUGAAUCUGACAGCGAAAGCUCAGAGGAUGAGGGUUCGGCGCGUGGUGAUACAUCGCCUCGCUUGCCUACACCAGAGGUACCUGUUCGGUCCAAAGCCCCUUCUCCUCCACCUGUUUCUAUCCCUCCUAUUUUUCCCAUCACUACAUCUCAACCAUCCACUACUAUUCCCAUUUCUGUUCCAAUCUUUUCUGAAGCCACUACUACCACCACUACUGGAGUUCGAACAUACAUAUCUGAUACGGGGGCUCAUUCUUCAGCACCCACUACCGAACCACCUGUAACUACCAAACCACUAUCUCCUACCCAAUUUACCAAAACCAACAUAGUUCUUGGAGGUGAGGACUUGGAGUUUGAUUCCACUUACUUCAGUCCCUACCUCGUCCAAAGUGAUGACGACGAAGAUGCUCCAGUAAUCAAGCGCCAUCUCAAGGCUGUUACUGAAAAGCUUGAUCAGCUGCUUUCCUCCUCCUCCACUAGUGCUUAUUCUGAAUCCUCUCUUAAAGCUCUGUUCUCUUCGGUUGUUAAAGAGCAUGAUGCUUCUCUCUCUGCUGCAGAAAAGGCUAUCGAACCGUCUACUUCUCAAUGUCAUAAGGCCUCGUCUAUUGUUGAGGCUUCGACGAAGGAAUGUAAAGAAGCGACCGCAAAAGUCGAUAAACUAAUUUCUGAGGCUCAACUAUUCCUUGAUUCUUUGCAAGCUGCUGCUCAAAAGAACUCUCAUGCUAUGAAUGCUUCGGUUGAUAAUCUUCAGCGUUCUCUUCAAGCUGAAAGGACUAAUAUUGAAGCCGCUCGUAAGGCCAUUGAAGCUACCAAUGCCAUCCUUCACGCUGAUGUCAAUGAUCGUCUGACUCAACUGGAAGCAGAGUUGGUUGUAGAAACUCGAAUAAUGGAUGAGUUAGACAAGCAUACAUCUCAGCUGAAAAUGCAAAACCUCAAGCUUCGCACUGCAAUAAUCGAGCUUAAUGAUUUAAAGUCUGAAAGGGAGGUAAUUCGAAGCUCCGUAGGUGACGUUCAUUCCAUUCUACUUCAUCUUCUUGACGCACAUGAUCCCAUUUUGACUAUAUCCAUCAGACACCAUUUGGCUGACAAACUCAGACUCGCAUUAGAUAUCCUUAGUCAGAUUGAGGGUGUUUCGGUGACUAAUGUCCAGCCGAAACAAGGGGUAGAAAAGGCAAAAACUCAACCUCCUCCCGAACCGAAUUCAAUAGCUGAACCGAAGGAUAAUGAAGCUUUGGUCAGCAAAAGGGAUAAGAGGAAGAUGAAAUUUGGUGAAGAUGAUACAGAUGAUGAUGAUUUUGAAGAUACUAUGGGUGAAAAUCCCUCUAAGCCUUUUUAG